AAGCCGCCCAGCUUGUUUACUUUUUAUAAAUGACAUGGAAUCGGCACUCUUGCAGGUCUGGCUACUGUAAUUGGCAGUAGCCACAGAGCAGGGCUGACAAGUCUGGGUUUUUGCUGAUGUCUCACCCUCACUUUGUCUCAGGCUGGCCUGCCUCCUGCCAUCUGUACUUGAAAACGCAGGCAUGGAAGAGGAGAUGGUUCGUGCUCCGCAGCGGCCGUCUGACUGGAGACCCAGAUGUCUUGGAAUAUUACAAAAAUGACCAUGCCAAGAAGCCCAUCCGUAUCAUUGAUUUAAAUUUAUGCCAACAAGUUGACGCUGGAUUGACAUUUAACAAAAAAGAAUUUGAAAACAGCUACAUUUUUGAUAUCAACACCAUUGACCGAAUUUUCUACUUGGUAGCAGACAGCGAGGAGGAGAUGAAUAAGUGGGUUCGUUGUAUUUGUGACAUCUGUGGAUUUAAUCCGACAGAAGAAGAUCCUGUGAAGCCACCCGGCAGCUCCUUACACGCACCAGCUGAUUUACCUUUACCUGUACAUACAGCACCACCAUCCGCCCAGGGGGAGUCUUCUGGUGCGCCCCCUCCCCCGUACCAGCUCAUCAGCUCUCCCCCACACCUGGAAACUCUUGGCCUCCAGGAGGGUCCUCAAGACUACCUCUUGCUAAUCAACUGUCAAAGCAAGAUGCCUGAACCUGCCAGAACACACAUGGAUUCUGCAAAGUCCACAUCCUCUGAAACAGACUGCAACGAUAACGUCCCUUCCCAUAAAAACCCCGCUUCCUCCCAGAGCAAGCACGGGGUGAACGGCUUUUUCCAGCAGCAGGUGACGUACGACUCACCAGCGUCCCGCGCGGCCUCUGUGUUAGCGGACUCCGGCCUCUACAACCUGCCCAGGAGUUACUCCCACGAUGUCUUGCCCAAGGCGUCUCCGUCAAGUACAGAAGCAGAUGGCGAGCUCUACGUCUUCAACACCCCGUCUGGGUCGGCGAGUGUGGAGGCUCAGAUGAGGCAGGUAUCCAUCAGUUACGACAUUCCUCCCACACCUGGCAACACCUACCAGAUCCCACGGACUUUUCCAGAAGGGACCUUUGGACAGACGUCAAAGCUUGACACCAUUCCGGAUAUUCCUCCCCCUCGGCCACCAAAACCACAUCCAGCCCACGACCGGUCCCCUGUGGAAACCUGUAGCAUCACACGCACGGCCUCAGACACCGACAGCAGCUACUGCGUCCCCAAGGCGGGGGUGCCGCCGUCCCGGAGUAACACCAUUUCCACCGUGGAUUUGAACAAGCUGCGGAAAGAUGCUAGUUCUCAAGACUGCUAUGAUAUUCCACGAACAUUUCCAAGUGAUCGAUCUAGUUCACUUGAAGGCUUCCAUAACCACUUCAAAAUCAAAAAUGUGUUGACAGUGGGAAGUGUGUCAAGUGAAGAGCUGGAUGAAAAUUACGUCCCUAUGAACCCCAACUCACCACCACGCCAGCAUUCCAGCAGUUUCACCGAGCCCAUCCAGGAGGCCAACUACGUGCCGAUGACGCCGGGGACGUUUGAUUUUUCCUCCUUUGGAAUGCAAGUCCCUCCUCCUGCGCAUAUGGGCUUCCGGUCCAGCCCGAAGACCCCUCCCAGAAGGCCAGUUCCCGUUGUAGACUGUGAACCACCCCCCGUGGACCGGAACCUCAAGCCGGACAGAAAAGGUCAGAGUCCUAAAAUUUUAAGACCCAAACCCCAGGGUUUAGCGCGAACUGACUCACAAACCAUAGGGGACUUUUCGGCGAGAAGAAAGGUCAAGCCAGCACCUUUAGAAAUUAAACCCUUUUCGGAAUGGGAAGAAUUACAAGCCCCAAUUAGAUCUCCCAUCACCAGGAGUUUUGCUCGAGACUCCACCAGGUUCCCCCUGUCUCCCCGGCCUGACUCUGUGCACAGCACGACUUCCAGCAGCGACUCGCACGACAGCGAGGAGAACUACGUCCCCAUGAACCCCAACCUGUCCAGUGAAGACUCGAAUCUUUUCGGCAGUAGCAGCCUCGACGGAGGAAGCAGCCCUAUGAUCAAGCCCAAAGGAGACAAGCAGGUGGAAUACCUAGAUCUCGAUUUGGAUUCCGGGAAAUCCACGCCACCACGUAAGCAAAAGAGCAGUGGUUCGGGCAGCAGCGUGGCUGACGAGCGUGUGGAUUACGUGGUGGUGGACCAGCAGAAGACCUUGGCCCUGAAGAGCACCCGGGAGGCCUGGACGGACGGGAGGCAGUCCACAGAGACCGAGACCCCUGCCAAGAGCGUGAAAUGAGAACCCUGCUCCGCUGGUCUUGAACAAAGCGAACUCGCUUGUCAAGGGGAAUCCUGUGUGAUGGAAGGUGGCUCCAGACAUCUUCUCCAGGCAGGUCUUCGACUGAGGGGUGUGGACUGCCCAAGAAGUCUCUAGAUGUCAUCAAAUAAUGCGACCAUCAAUGGUGCUUUGUGGUAUCUGAACAAUUCAUCACAUGUAAAUAACGUGGGAAAAUACUAUUGUGUGGCUCCCAGAGGAAGCGUUUGUCCCAUAGUUAACACACUUGUAGUAUUACUGUAUUUAUGCACUUUUUCAUUUAAAACAUUGGUUUUCUCAAAUGUACCUAACAUUGUUCCUUUGGGAGUUCUUGUUUUUCCUCACACUACUCCGUAUAACAAUACGAGUUAACUAAGCUACUUUUAGAUUGGGAAGUUGCUCUUUAACCACAGCAUAACACCAGUAAGAGAAGUAGAUACUCAAUGGACCCCUCCACCUGAGUGCCAGGUGGGGACCGCUAGCUUGGAAACUAGAGUGUGGUCGACUUCCACACUCUACGUUUAGUUUCCAAUGGUAGAACUUUGUUCCAUGUUGUCAGUGCAAGUGUUUUUGGUUCAUUGAGUGAAGAUUCUGCUGGCUUACACCUCAGAAGACACAAUUAUUUGAUCGAGUAAGCCUGCAGUUGUCAGGCAGCGGUGAUGUGCUCUCACCCUUGUUAAAAUGUAUUAAGCUUUACGUUUUGGGCAAAAUGUAGAUUAUAUAACCAAUCAGGUACGUACCAGGCACUGAUGUGCUAAUAAUACACUGAUCAGGUUUAGGCAAUGAGCUUUAGUUUGUUCUUGUUAGUCCUAAUGUUGGUUUCCAGUUUGGAAUUAAUGAAACAGUUGACACUCACUGUUAGGUAUAGCAACAUACUGUGAUUUUUUAAUAAGACAGUAAUUCAGAUUUAUUACUCUUAAGAAUGAAAUUCUAUCUUUUGACACCAUAGUGCCCUUUCUAUGAUUUUUUUUACCUUUACUUAAUAUUCUUCUUGGCCUUAUAUUUAAAUCCCUAUGCAAUUAAUAUUUUAUACCUGCAUUAAAAAAUACAUGUUCUAGAAGUGAUUCUUGUUUGUAGCACCUGUUGCUUUUCCAGUAAAAACAACUAAGAAUUUUGUACUGUGAUUUAUAGUCACUGCCCCCAUUUGAGAACUAUUGGCACCUUGUUAUAAUGUGAAAUCUUAAUGUCUUGGUCCUCUCCCAGCCAGAUUUCCAAAGCCACAAGAGGGACUAUAGGAUUAUCUCUUACCUGUAACAUGGUUCCGUGGCAUGGACAUCAAGACCAUGAAUUAGGGAGAGGCUACAGCUGUAGCUGUCUAGGCUUCACAAUGCGAUUUAGAAAGCAGGUUUGAUUGGUGUGGUUUUUUUUUUUUUUUUUUUGGACGAGGUUACGAUCUCUUAUGUUGGUUUGAGACUUACAGAUUUUGGAGGGGCCGUGGAAAUAGGAUACCCACAGGGUAAGGGUGACCCCUCUGUGCAGACCCUAACUAUUGCCUAACCACACACAGGUGCCCUGAUUUCUGGCCCUGGGCCUUAAUGCUGUGCCUAAUCGACAUAACGGGUUGAUCACCCCAAACCACAAACUAAAAAUGUUCCUCAUGAAAUGAUUUGUAGACUAGUAAUAUUUGAUGCUUUUAAAUGUUUGCUUCUUUUUAAACAAAAACUGAAACCCAGAAGUGAAUUUUGAGGUGGAUUUUUAAAUAAAAAAAAAUUGUUUGAG